CAAAAAAAUUCCAAAAAAUGUCUCUUCGCUUAUUCCCUUUUUCUCACCCAUCUCUCUUCUUCCUUCUCAUCCUCAACCAAAUCUCAUUGAUCUCUCACCUGAAUCCAUGGCCGACGACGAUAAGGAGAACUGCGUUAGAAUGACAAGAGCAGCGACGAAACGAAAAGCAGCCAUGGCGGCGGUGACCAUAGACGGAGAACAAAUCAGCAACAAGAAGAAGAGAGUCGUACUCGGAGAGCUUCCCAACUUAUGCAACAUCAAGAAGCCUCGUAGAAAAGCCGCUAAGGUUAUUACAACGAAACAGAAGAAACCAGUUUCGAUUCUGACACUCGCAAACUCAAACUCGGACAUUGACACGAGAUCUGAUGAUCCUCAGAUGUGUGCUCCUUAUGUUACUUCAAUCUUUGAGUAUCUUCGUCAAUUAGAGGGGAAAGCAAAGUCAAGACCUUUGAUUGAUUACAUUGAGAAGAUUCAGAAAGAUGUAACUUCGAGUAUGAGAGGAGUUUUGGUUGAUUGGUUAGUUGAAGUAGCUGAAGAAUACAAACUUCUGUCGGAAACUCUUUACCUCGCUGUCUCUUACAUCGAUAGAUUCUUGUCUCUCAAGACUGUUAAUAGACAAAGGCUUCAGCUAUUGGGAGUUGCUUCAAUGCUUAUUGCUUCGUAA